AGAACAGCUACAGAUUAAAACUGCUUUAUAAAUAUGAGCAUGAUGGGAUACACAGAAGAUGCCUGAAGAUUCCAAGACACCUUCCCUUGGCUGUCUCCUUCUGCUUUCUUCUGGGACAAAAUGUGUGGGCUCUUCUUUGUCCUGGUGAUGUGCACAGCGGGUGCCUCCUCUUUCAGACUCCAGCAAGUCAAAAGCACAGAAAACUGCCCAGAUCACACCGUGUAUUUCAAACACUACUAUGAACUGCAUGGAGAACCUGUGGUUCUGAAAUGCCCUUUCCCCACAUACAAACAUUUGGAUUUUUCUGCCUUGGCCCCUAAUAUCACAUGGUAUAAAAAUGGUUCAAAAACCAUGAUAUCAGGAAGAGAUGAAGAUCCAAGAAUCUGGGCAAAUGGAGAUGCACUCUGGUUUUUACCAGCAAUGCUAGAAGACUCAGGAGUAUAUAUCUGCACCAGAAGGAACUCCUCCUACUGUGCUGAGGUCUCCAUCCACCUCACAGUCCUGGAGAAAACAGCUGCUCGGGAGAUUGCCUAUCUCCAGGUCCUGUCCACUUUCACCUCUGGAAAGAUUGUUUGCCCUGACCUGUGGGAUUUUACACCAAACCGGACAAGCCUGGAGCUCAAGUGGUACAAGGAUGCUCUGCCUUUGGAAGACAUCAGUGAAAAAUACAUAAUUCUGAAAGGUUCAACCUCUCUGAUCAUGACUUCUGUGCUACCAACAGACGCUGGCUACUACACCUGCAAGAUGGCAUUUCCCUACGAAGGCGUAACCUAUGAAAUCACCAGAACAAUUCAACUGGAGACCGUUGAACAAGAAAAGAGAAUUAUCCCAAUAAUCGUGUAUCCAACACAAAAGACAACAUCGGCUGCUCUCGGCUCCAAGAUGACUCUCCCCUGCAAAGUGUUUGUUGGACUGAGCAGGCACGUCCAUACUGAUGUGGAAUGGCUAGCAAAUGACACCGCCGUUGAUGUGGUUUACAAGCAAAGCAGAGUUACAGAGGGGGAGCGACAAGAAAUUGUAGAAAAUGGUGAAAACUUCAUUGAAGUGCCACUAGUUUUUGAUUCUGUUGAAGAAGUGGAUUUUCACACAGACUUUACAUGUUUGGCCCAGAACACAUAUGGCUACCAAGUACUGCCAACAAGGGUCAAGCAGGAAGCUGUUGGCUUGUCCUGGUACGUCGCAACGAUUCCUGUCGCAUUGGCUAGCGUGAUCCUGGGGGGGAUAUGCAUACACAAGUGCUGGAAGCAGAGAGCAGAUAAAGGAUACGCAAUACCAAAGGUUUAAAAAAUCUUCUUUAUUCUCCGAUCGCCAACAGAAUAAAAAAAAUCAUCCUGGCUAUCUUUCGCAAGAGACAGAGAGAGACUUUUCGGACCAGACAUGCUGCUUUCCCAGCAGAUGGAUACCUAUCAGCUAUUUUCCUCUUCUCCAAGUCUACUACGGUCUGAUGAAGUUGUAAACACAAGUUUGUGUUUUCGUGCUGCCUAGAUGCAGGAAACCUGCUUCUGUUAUUUUGCAGCUAAGGCGCAACCUGUAGGAUUUUGGAACACAAGAUACCAGGAGCGUGCGUACCCUGGAUAUGGGAAGGGUAGGGCAAGGGAGGUGCUCUCGCCCUUUCUAAUUCCAAUAGUCGUAUUGUUUAAAAAAAAGGAAAAUAAACCCCCUAAAAUCUAAAAGCAGAAGCUAAGAAAGGUUGUUACAGGAGGACUGUUUGACACCAGAGUGAAAAUGCAGUUUUCUUAUGCAUCCAAACUCAUUAUAUUUUACUUCAGUCUAAAAAGAGUCAGUUUUUUCAUUUUCCAGAGCCAAAUACAAUUGUCAUGGUAACUGUAUAUCUAUGAACUUUUCCACAGAAAAUCUAAAUUUUUUUUCACCAUUUGGAUUACUCUUUGCUUAAACAGACUGUCUCAGAAAAUCCCUCCCCAAGAAAUAACUGCCUCAACAUAACAGAUAAUUGUACACUGGAGAAUUCAGUUCUGUUUUAUCUACCAAUAUCUCAUAGCUAGAGAUUCAUUGGCAGCUGUAACAUGUUGUUAUCUUUGCCAAGAAAAGAAUUUGGAGGGAUGUUUUAGUGUUUUGAGAGUCAUUUGACUAACAAAAAGUUUUAUUCCUGGAAGUGAUUUGACAGUUUACCAGUAACAAUCUGGUCUUGCCCUUCUGUGCCUCUAACUCUUUCAUGACUGGCCCGAUUCUUCUCUCUGAUAUGAGUAUAAAAGUCUGCCAUAGAUUCCCAUAAACAAUGAAUCUGCACCAGUAUAAGGCUGGUACAGCUUCAGGAACCUUGUGUCCUUUAUCUUGAAGUUUGCAAAUCGAUUACUCAUGAUGCAAAUUGCUGCCCAUUAGGUUAAUCUAACUGUAUUCCAGACUUGAUAUAAAUCAGAAGGGAGCAAUAAAUAAUCAGUGACCAUGUUGUGUCUCGAGGAUCGGAAUGAGUAAAAUAACUUGGUUACUUCCUCUUCCAAGACAUAACAUGAUAGUCGAGAAAUAGUUCCAUGAUAUGUAAUGUGUAUUAUCUUCAUCUGUAUGGGAGGGGAAGGGAUCCAGCCUUAAGGUCUAUAUUGUUACAGACCCAUAAUUGGCACCUCUCACAGAUGCCAAAGAUAAUGCUUUUUGUUCAGGUAAAUCACCCAGAAGUUUUUCAACCUCUGCGGAGAAAAAACAUAAUCAGGAAAAACAUCAGCUCCAAAGAAAAAAAUUGUAAAGUAAGAAUGUUAGAACUGCCUGCGGUCCCACAAAUGACGGAAAUGAACGACUCGCAUCCAUCUGGGAGAGGCCAUAAUCAAAUUCCUUUCCACCACCACUUAUAGCUAGUUCUGAGUUUUGCCCAAUAAAUAUGUGGAAGGAUUUUAAUGACUAGGAUGUGGCUUGAAUUAGGAACCUCCACAUUUUUGAGAUUUAAGCCAAAGUCUCCCUUUAAAUAUUCUAAAUGUUUGCUCCGAAGAUACGGGCACAGAGAUUUGACUUCUAACACAGUCUGAGUCAAUGGCAACAAAAGAAUACCACAGGACUUACUGUUUCCAAGUACAGGAUGUUGAAGAUGAUGAUAAAGAAUACAUAUAUUUUACGGGCAGAUGGAAAAAACAUGGCUGCAAGUGUGGAAAACAGUCGAUCCACUUGGACAUUUGUUCUUUGAAGGAAAAAAACUGUAGAUGAACUGACGAUUGCUGGAAGGAAUGUGAAAAAUGUUUUAGGUACAUCAGCAAUGCUCAUUUUUAUCAAGCAAUUACUGGUAUAUAACUAAAGAACAAAUUAGGUUUGCCAAUAAGUGUAACCUUUCAAAAUGUGAUUUAUUCUUCCUGACCAUGUGUAUCAUCUAAGAGUAGUGUGAUAACACAUCUGGCUGUAGGAACAGGGUUGGAUUUCACUAAGUAGUGGAAAAGAAGUAGAACUUUUGGUAUAUGGAGUAUUGGUGCCAUAAGACAGUUAACAAGUGACCGACAUAAUGUAAAUAUUUUACAUCAAUUUGUAUGGUUAUAAAUAAAGGUAACAUGGCCUAUA